AUGGCGUCCUUCCAAAACGAUGAGAAGGCCAAUGGGGUCAAAGAGACUGGUGCUUUCCAUGCCGAGGUCUUGGACGACAAGGAGGUGUUGAAUAAUGCUUACGAGGCUGAAACACGCGAACAAGAGAUGGGCAUGUGGGAAGCUGUCAAGUCCUAUCCUUGGGCAUGUCUCUGGGCAUUCAUCAUGUGCUUCACAAUCGUUAUGGAGUCAUUCGACAUGUUCUUGAACGGCAACUUUGUGGCUCUUGGUGCUUUCCGACGCAAAUACGGUGUCAUGGUCGCUGCUGGAGAGUUUUCCAUCCCUACCAAGUGGCAAAGUGCUCUCUUCCAGUCAGGUCAAUGCGGAGCCUUUGUCGGUGUAUUCCUCGCCGGACCUAUCACAAAUCGCAUUGGCUACCGAUGGACCACUAUCUUGGGUCUCGUUUUGAUGAUACUCACCAUUCUCGUGUCGUUCUUCGCCAAUUCUCUUACCCUUCUGGUAGUCGGACAAGCCCUCGAAGGUAUCCCAUGGGGAUUCUUCAUUGCCAACUCGCCCGCUUACGCAUCCGAGAUCGUUCCUCUGGCGCUUAGAGGUGCGUGCACUGCGACCCUGCAGAUGUCGUGGUCCAUUGGAAGCAUCAUUGUUGCAGCAGCAACAUACUCGUACAACCAACGUAACGAUCAGUGGGCUUGGAGAGUCCCCAUCGCUUUACAAUGGAUCUUCCCUGUUCCUCUCUUGGUUUUGGUCUGGCUAUCACCUGAGUCGCCCUGGUGGCUUAUCCGUCGUGGACGCAAAGAGGAAGCUCUCCGCUCGAUCAAGCGUCUUGGUAGCAAGCGUGAAGGCAACAACGAAGAAACACUGGCUAUGAUGGAGCGUACUGUGGAGAUCGAGGCCCAAGCUGGAGGCUCCCCCAAACUCACCGACCUGUUCAAAGGUAACGACCUGAGACGUACACUUAUUACCUGCUUCAUGUACAUGUCGCAGAACUUCGCCGGUAACUUGAUUGCCAACCAGGCAACUUUCUUCUUCGAGCAAGCUGGAAUUUCUCCCGACUUUGCUUUCAAGCUCAAUCUCAUCAACUCAUGCUUGCAAUUCAUCGCCAACAUUGUCUCUCUUCCUCUGACUGGCUGGUUUGGUCGUCGCACAAUAUACCUCUGGGGUACAGCAUUCAACGCCACUAUGCUUUUCAUUCUUGGUGUAUGCGCUACUGUCAAGCAGACUUCUGGCACCAAUUAUGCUCAGGCUUGUCUCGGCAUUAUCAUCUCGUUCGUCUAUGCUGGCACCCUUGGACCUAUCUCAUACUCCAUCAUCUCCGAGACAUCUUCAGUUCGCCUCAGAGCUCUCUCUACUGGUGUCGGUCGUGCAGCCUACUAUGUCGCCGAGAUUCCUAUGAUCUACCUGGCUUCGAAGCUCCUCAACCCUACCGGAUGGAAUCUUGCUGGCAAGUGUGGAUACGUUUGGGGUAGCACUGCCGUAAUUUGCUGGGUCGCUGCAUAUUUCUUCCUUCCCGAGCUCAAGGGUCGUUCUUACCGUGAGCUUGAUAUCUUGUUCAACCGCAAGACUCCUGCUAGACAGUUCAAGAAGACUAUCAUCGAUGUCAAGGAUAACGACUAG